UCGAAUCGCUGGCGUUUCUCUUCGGAGGACGGACACCAAGCCGGAAGAGGAUGGCGGCCGCCGCUCUGAAGAGACUUUGGUCGCGAAGCCGCGGAGAGGCUGGGAACGCGGCAGCCGCGAAGCCGGGCGUGUGGGCGCGGUUGGGCACCUGGGCCCGCGCGCUGUUAAGGGACUACGCGGAGGCCUGUGGGGACGCGGCGGCGGCGGCGCGGGCCCGGCCGGGACGGGCAGCCGUGUACGUGGGGCUGUUGGGCGGCGCGGCGGCCUGCUGCGCGCUGGCGCCGAGCGAGGCGGCCUUUGAGGAGGCGCUGCUUGAUGCUUCGGGGGCCCUCCUGCUGCUGGCGCCCUCCACGCGCAACCGCGACUCAGAAGCCUAUGUGCAGCGGUUGCUUUGGCUGCGGGGCCGCGGUCGCCUGCGCCACGUGAACUUGGGCCUGUGUUCGCUGGUGUACGAGGCGCCCUACGACGCCCAGGCCAGCCUCUACCAAGCCCGCUGCCGCUAUCUGCAGCCUCGCUGGGCUGAGUUCCCGGACCGGAUCCUGGACGUGGGUUUCGUGGGCCGCUGGUGGGUACUGGGGGCUCGGAUGCGCGACUGCGACAUCAACGAUGACGAGUUCCUCCAUCUGCCGGCACAUUUGCGCGUCGUCGGGUCCCAUCAGCUACACUCGGAGGCCAAUGAGCGUCUCUUCGAUGAAAAGUACCAGCCCGUCGUGCUUACCGACGAUCAGGUGGACCAGGCGCUAUGGGAGGAGCAGGUCUUGCAGAAAGAGAAAAAGGACAAGCUGGCCCUGAGCCAGGCCGACUCGCUGGUGCAGUCGCAGGGCCCGAGAUGAAACCCAGUGAGGCCUGGGUCCCGACCCGGCUCCGAGCCCUGGCACACUGUCAGCCCGGGAUUGCGCAAGUCAUUGAGUGAGUUUCAAGUGCACAGUGCCUGAAAUAAAUUAUAGAGAGAGUAUUCCCUCGCUCGGUUUUCACAAAAUUAGGGGGCCUGUCUCCCUCUCACAUUCUUCCUUGUUAGCUGAAGCCAAUUCGGGGGCUUCUUGGUCUAGCAGUUGGGGAGAGCAGACCGUGUAAUGUUUAUCACUGCCAGAAUUAGAAAUGAGCCUUAUACAUAAGUAAGCCUUUUUCAUUGAGCCUCACCGUCCCACUGACUGAGGUAUCACCUCUGUCAGGUGACUCCCAAGCUCUCCUAAGGCCAUUCACAUUUUUGUCUUAAAUUUUGAGCUGCAAUGUUUAUACUGUCAUUUUCAUGAGUAACAUUUUUUUUAACUUUAACUUAUUUUGAAAAUGGAAAAAUAAUAGAGACAUCCUGUUUUCCCUUCACCCUGCUUCUUCCAAAUGAUAACAUUUUGAAUAAGCAAUACCAAUCUAGAGACUGAUGACAUUGGUAUGACUAUUUGGAUUGUACAGGGAAAAUUUUUGCAAAAACAUUGUGCUUUUUAUCAUUUGUGUAUUGAUAGUGAUGUUAAAUGACUUGGAAGGAUAAAACAUUUUCUGUUGUGGAAAUAUAUACGGAAUUAUGGAUUCUGGUUAUGUUAUAUUUAAGUAACCUUGAAAACACAGAGUCCUGUGGAAAGGAAUAUGUUCAUGUACAUAGCUGGUACUUAGCUAGGUUAUGGUAAUUAUACCUUAAAAACUAAACUAUUAGAGAAAUGAGAGUGACUUUCACCUAGGUGGCCUGUGGCUAGUUAAUAAAACCAGAGAUGAAACCAG